CUGGGUAUUGAUCAGUACUCUCAACAAUUCGUUCAGUGUCAGUGCCAUGGAUUUAGUAUGGAGAAUAAUAUUUAUCGCAUUACUAGCUGCCAUUUCUGGGUCUUCAGUUCUAAAGAACGAUACAAAAGUCUUCUCUGUAGGUCUAAGAAGAGUGAAGCAAAAUCUUGUAGAUCUGCGAAAAUCACUUAAGGCGAUUUCCAACUCCUUAAAGGAUAAACAGAACGUUACUCUUCAAGACUUUUAUGAUAUGUACUACUGCGGAGAUAUUACUAUCGGCACUCCACCACAACAGUUCACGGUCCAGUUCGACACGGGAUCAGCUGAUCUAUGGGUGCCCUCUCUUCAGUUUUGUGCUACCAACUCCUCCUUCUGUUCGCAUCAUAACGUCUACAACCAUAACGGCAGUGUGACCUACAUCCGAGUGGGAACAAACUUCUCUAUCCAAUAUGGCAAAGGGUCAACAUCAGGCUUUGUGUCUAAGGAUACCGUUAGAGUGAUGGACACUUCAAUAACCAACCAAUUGUUUGGGGAGUCAACUAAGAUUUCCAGCGAAUUCUUCCCCUCCAAGUUCGAUGGUAUCUUUGGCCUAGCUUAUCCCAAGCUGUCCAAGAUAAAAACAGAUCCUCCAUUUGUUACUAUGAUGAAGAGUGGGGUGCUAGACCAGCCGGUAUUCGCUUUCUACCUAAACAGAUUUUCUGACAUGGGUGACGACGGCGAACUAGUCUUUGGUGGGAUUAACCCAGCCAGAUACACCCCUCCAUUUACAUACACUCCUGUCAUAGACCAAUCAUACUGGCUCAUAAAAGUUGAUGGGUUGAUCGUAGACUCAACGCCAUUCACUACGGCUUUUGCAGCAACUCCUGACUCUGGGACUAGUUUGAUCCUUGGACCCUCUGACGUUAUGACAGCCUUAAACACAGCGAUGGGCGCUCAGUACGACCGGGGCAGUGGCCUAUACAUUGUUAACUGCAAUUCAUUAUCAAGUAUGCCAGUUGUGUCAUUCAACAUAAGCGGAACAUUUCUAAACCUCAACCCAGCAGACUACGUUAUAGUGAUCGAGCAGAGCAACGAACGGGUGUGCAUCAGUGGCUUCGCUGGUAGUCUUGACCUUCCUCUGUUUGUUCUGGGGGAUGUGUUCAUGAGGAAGUACUACACGGUGUUUGACAUGGGACAAAACCAGGUGGGCUUCGCCCUGGCGGUGCAUAGCGAUAACUCCUCCACAGCAAUGAUCAGCAGCGUCAGCACACUCACGGUGUGCGUCAGCAUGGUGUUCAUGUUAUACAAAUCUAAAAUUGUUUUGGAUUAAAGGAUGUGAACAAUGAUAAAAAAGUUUUCAUGGUAUGGUAAUAUGAUUUUUUUUAUAAAGUC